AUGUUGCAGGACUGCGAUUAUGAUUAUUUCUACGAGGAGGACAAAAUGGGAAUGACUGUCAGCUCCGGGACGGUCAUCAUAAAAAAAGAUACCAGCAAUCUGAUUGGUAUAAGCAUCGGUGGAGGCGCGCCACUUUGUCCGUGUCUCUACAUCGUUCAGGUUUUUGAUGGCACUCCGGCAGCACGUGAAGGAACACUCCAAAGCGGCGAUGAGCUGCUGGGCGUAAAUGGAGCAUCGGUGAAAGGCAAAACCAAGGUGGAGGUAGCCAAGAUGAUACAAUCCGCUACAGAGGAGGUGACGAUUCACUACAAUAAGCUACACGCCGAUCCGACCCAAGGCGAGACACUCGACAUUGUGCUGAAGAAGAUGAAGCAUCGUCUAGUCGAGCGUAUGUCGAGUAGUACAGCAGACACGCUCGGGUUAUCCCGGGCGAUCCUUUGCAAUGACUCGCUGGUCAAACGCCUGCAGGAGCUCGAGCGAACAGAAACCAUGUACAAGGGAUUAGUGGAUCACGCACGAAGGAUGUUAAAGGCACAUUUUGACGUGCUUCAGACGUACCAAGCGUUUGGAAACAUAUUCGCGUCGAUCAGUGUUCGUGAGCCACAACCACGAGCAUCGGAGGCGUUCCGUAUCUUUGGCGAGUUGCACCGGAACCUAGAGAAGGACGGAAUCAAGAUGAUCAAAUCCCUGAAGCCAAUUUUGGCGGACAUGGGCACGUACCUGCAUAAGGCCAUCCCGGACACGAAGCUGACCGUAAAGCGGUACGCGGACGCCAAGUUUAGCUAUCUGUCGUACUGCCUCAAGAUAAAGGAGAUGGACGACGAGGAGCAUGGAUACGCUGCGAUUCAGGAACCACUGUAUCGGGUGGAGACGGGCAACUACGAGUAUCGGCUGAUCCUGCGGUGUCGACAGGAAGCCCGGCUCAAGUUUGCCAAGCUGCGCAGUGACGUGCUGGAGAAGAUAGAACUGCUGGAGUGCAAACAUGCCCGCGACCUGGCCAGUCAACUGCGGAAGUUUAUUGAAGGGCUCGCCACGUUGGCCUCGGAGACGGUCGAACGCCUCGAGGCCAUUCCGAAUCUCUUCCCGAUCGAAGUCGAUCUGAAGGCAAGCGCGUUUCAGUACAAAUCGACGAUCAAGUUCCAGGCGGAAGAGUACACGGAUGACGAGGUUCCACAGGCGGAGGAAGCGACAGAGCGUACGACAAGUCCGCCGGGAUCCGGCCAACCUGGACCGACGGAUGACGAUGAGCCGGCACUCAUUGGCACCGGGGACGACGACAGUCAGCUGUUGGGUGGCUUUGAGGAUAUCGAUCUGAACAAGGGCACGUCGGCGGGACCGUCGGAAAUCGAACUGUUGAAUGAGCUUGGCUUGGCAGGGAUCGAUCUGUCCGUGGGCAGUAAACCCAUCAGUCACAAUCUGAUGGACGAUCUGCUCGUGCCUGAUGCGGGUUUGUUCAAGUGAACGUGGGAUUCAAGACACAAAACGGUUGUUUUAAGCAAACAAUAAGAAAUAUAAUUUAUACAUGUGCUUUUUACCAUCCAUCAAUCUCUGAAACAACUUCAUAAAAAACGCGUAGGAAUUUCAUGUCGAUUUGAUUAAAGUUUACUAUCGUUAACGUACAAUAAAUAACAUUCUUUAAACAACAGGAUACGUCACAGAUCCAAUCCCCAUCACGGACUACUUGGAUGCUGAUCGUGAGCAGAAGCAAAGCGAUCACCUCACGAAAUCCUGCGUCCUGUUUUUUCGGCUUAACUUGAGGUAACUCAGUCGAAGGGGUUGCUUGUUUUUGCUGUUUUCUUUCGCAACAGCACUUCAUAGUCGUUUCGUUUUUUUUUCGUCUCUCGAAGUAAGUCGUC